CUGCCGGCCAUCAGCAUCAUCGUCACGAGCACAAGCGGACCAUUUGCAAAACAGCUACUGCAGCUGUUGCAGCAGCUGCUGCAAUCCCACUGUUUGGUACACACGGUACACGAGUAUAUACAUUAGAUACACCUACCUAUAGUUUUCAAGAGAAAAAAAGUGUUUGUGACAAGUGCCCUGUGUGAAAAAGACGCAGAUUUUUUCUUCGACGUCUUCGCCAAUAUAAUCGAAUCACACUUGUGCUCCAAUAGCACGGCCUUAUCUUUAACUCUCUGUCCAUACACCUUGCGGACAAUCAACACACGUAUAAAAAAUGGGCCGAUUCACUGGAAAAAAGUGUCGGCUGUUGACCAUGUUAUGGUUGACAGCGUUUUUCUUUCUGGUGGAGAUAAUAGUAGGAUACGUCACGAAUUCCAUGGCUCUCAUAGCGGACAGCUUUCACAUGCUAUCAGACGUUGCCGCCUUGGUCGUGGCAUUUCUUUCCGUGAAAAUGUCCCCGAAAAAAUGGUCAAAAAACACCUUCGGUUGGGCCAGAGCCGAGGUGUUGGGAGCCCUGGUGAAUGCAGUUUUCCUAGUCGCCCUGUGCUUUAGUAUAACAGUCGAGGCCUGCAAGAGGUUCAUCGAAGUCGAGGAAAUCCACGAGGCCGCGCUACUCGUCGCCGUCGGCGCCUUGGGCCUUUUAGUUAAUUUAGUAGGAUUAUGCCUUUUCCACGAGCACGGUCAUGGUCACAGCCACUCGCACAGCAUUUCGCGCAGUCACAAUCGGCUGAGCACUCUUGUGGGAGCAGAUGACAAUGAAAACGACGAGACUUACAGGCCACCUUCGCCGGUCAAGCACGUUGGUGGCCACGGACACUCGCACAUCCAUGACCCCAGCCAGAUGAACAUGCGCGGGGUCUUUCUUCACGUGCUGUCCGACGCCUUGGGCUCUGUUAUCGUCAUUAUAUCUGCGCUCAUUGUUUGGCUCACCCAGUGGAAGUACAAAUUUUACAUCGAUCCUGCUCUAUCUUUGCUGUUGGUGAUGCUUAUAUUGAAAUCUGUGUGGCCUCUUCUUCAAGAGUCAGCCUUGAUUCUUUUGCAAACCGUUCCAACGCAUAUACAGGUCGACGCGAUUCAACAGAGGUUACUGGAAAACGUUGAUGGUGUACUGGCCGUCCACGAGUUCCACGUGUGGCAGUUGGCGGGUGAUAGAAUCAUCGCCUCGGCACACAUACGUUGUCGCAAUCUGUCCGAGUACAUGAAGAUUGCCGAACAGGUCAAAGAAUUCUUCCACAACGAGGGCAUUCAUUCCACUACUAUACAGCCUGAAUUUAUAGAUUAUCAAUCGAACAGCGAAAUCAAAGAAACUCCUACUGAAGAUUGUGUUCUCGAUUGUCCCAAAACUGACAGACCUUGCAAUCAGGCUACUUGUUGCGGUCCCUCAAAACAGUUCAAAUCCAGAAGAAAUGAACCUCUGCCCUUCAUGAAUUCCAAUACCAAUUGUCUUGGUAACUGUUUAGAUUGUGUUGCAUCUGAGACUAGUACUAUUAUGGGGAAAUUGGAAAAGGAAAAGAGAACAGGAAGAUAUAAUCGUAAAAAUCUUCGAUACCGCAAGGAUACUGGACAAGGAAAAACUGCAUAUCAAGCCAGUGGACCAGCAUACCAGGACACUAGAGGCAGCUACCAUUCACUCAACCCGGAAAAAUACAGACAAACAGAAGAAAGCACGGUACGCCAAGCCCGGACUACAGCCACAGAACACGGGAUACACGGCACGGAAGAAGGAAACAACGAGCGAAGGCAGAAGCUGAGCAACUCCAGGAAGGAUCAAAGAAGGAAGCCAUAA